CACAUGUUUGCGUACAACACUCAGCUCAGUGAGCAGUGCUCACUGUAGAAAUCCUCCGAGUUCGAUCACAGCUCCAGCAUGAAAGCGUUUCUAGCCGUAGCUGCUCUGCUGUUAGCGUGUGCACCCGUGGAAGCUCUUGACCGUGAGCAUAGACUGCGUGUAGUGAGUUCUGUUCACGCGAACGAACGCGUGCUGGUGAGCGACCAGGAGGAGCGGGAAAGGAGCCACGGCAACUGUGUGGAUGACGGUACGCGCAACCAGGAUCCCGUAUGUGCGUCGAACGGCAAGAAAUACCUCAACAUGAACCGCUUUGAGUACAACAAAUGCCUCAUCAAGGCGGAGGACGGUGAAGACAUCACGAUCGUGGACCUGGAAUUCUGCAGGGAGGCCAUGCUCGAGGACAUCAAGAGCGAGGGCUUAUGAGCAGGAAGCGACGACUAACGCCGACGCAGUAAGUAGCUUACGUCUAGACACUCAGUACCGUAUUCAAAUAAUUAUCUUUUUUCUCUUUAACACGGUGGCAAGUGGUUGCGCUGCAGUACUAUCAAUCGACGGUCUU